CGCACGCGCACGCAUGUACGGGCGCCUGUUUGCGUCAGGGGCGGGGCCAAAGCCUGGUCGUGCUCCCUUGUAUUUUGUUUCAGGGCUUCUCCGCCGGCCUCCCCUUGUUGGCUUUUCGCGACGUUGAGGCUUGUUCUCGGUCGUGGCCGCUUUGUCUCCCUCGUCGGCUCCAGGAUGGCCGCCCAGGGGUUUCUCCCGGCUCCUCUCCCGGCAGGGCCCCGGCUCGUCGAGAAAGGCAGGCGAGGAGCCGAUUAGUGGGAAGCCCCUCAGUCAGGCAACUGCGUUGGGCCGAGGACGGCCGCCUCCUGGGAAGAGAGAGAGCGCGAGAGCGAGGCCGGAGUGACAGUUGUUGCCCUCCCCAAGCGAAGGCUUCCCACCCGGCGUGGAAGGAAGCCAGCAGGCCUAUAGGAGAGUUUAGGGCCUCAGGGAGAAUUAAGACACCACUAGUGAAGCAUCAAAAUGAGUAGUCGGCGAAAGCGUGCGCCUCCUUCAAGGGUGAAUGAUGAGAAGAAGCAGCAACUCUGCUGGAAUAUGCAUGAUGACAGGAAACAUGAGGUGAUAGAUUUAGAUGCAGUAGAUGAAGACCAAUCUGUUGCAGGCACAAGUUCUUCUUCCACAGCACUUAUCGUUAUAAGUGAUGAUAGUGCCAAUGAAGAAUUGAUUCACAAAGAACACGUACAGAGAUCCCUCAUCUUCUCAACAGUAACAGUUGAUGCAGAAGAUUCUUGCAACAUCUUGGCUCCUGUAUCUAUACAGUUGAAUAUUGUGAUACUUCCAUAUUGCCCUGAUCCUUCCUGGAAAAUAUUGUUCGGCGAGUUCAUUCUUCAACUUCUUCCUUAUGAUUUUCUAAUUGAGAAUAUCCAUAAAAGAAGUUUUACAUUGAUGAAAACAGAAUCCAAUGAUAAACUGCACAUAUGUUUUCAUGCAAAAAACACUGAAAAGCUAGAUGAAAAGGAAGAACCAGUACUGCGUAAUUAUGAAGAGGAAAUCAUGGUUGAAUCAUCUCUAAGUAGUGAAAUUUUAGAGCAUAUAAUGUGGCUACAAAAGAAGAGAAUAAUUGUGCUAUAUCAAAAACCUGGGGAAGCUAAUUGUUUAAAGGUUGGAAUAUAUCUCCUUGAAGCUGGCUUAAGCAAACUAGAGUUUCUUAGUGAUGGCGGUGGUCGAAUAAAAAAAGCCAAUCGGCUCCUUCAGAAAUUGAUGGAAAAAUUCUAUCACUUCAUAAUUCCAGAUAUUCUGGAAGAAGAUGAAGAGGAAUCUGACAGGGAUAUUGAACGUCAGAAUAUUGAAGAGCUGUAUGACUAUGUGAGACUUAUACAUCAGAAAGAAAUACAGUUUUUGAAGGAAAAUGUACAGCAUUCUGCAUUGAUUCCUGUGCUAAGGCCAUAUCAAAGUGAGGCUGUAAAUUGGAUGCUUCAACGUGAGAACUUUAGAAAUGUAUCUACCAAUGAAAAUGCCCUCCACUACUUAUGGAGAGAGUUUAUAACUUUAGAUGGACUAAAGCUCUUUUAUAAUCCCUUUACUGGCUGCAUUAUUCGUGAGUGUCCUGUUGCUGGACCUCGAUGGCCUGGAGGAAUAUUAGCAGAUGAGAUGGGCCUUGGGAAAACAGUCGAAGUCUUAGCUCUUAUCCUGACACACACUCGAAAGGAUGUCAAGCAGGAUGCUCUGAUGUUACCUGAGGGUUUUUUAGUAAACUUCUUUGUUCCUCCACAACCCACUGAAGGAAGCAAAAAGAAAAACAUAAAGAAAAUUGAACUUAAAUUAAAGGAAAAAGUAAACUAUCCUAGUUUACGAGUGAUGCUUUUAACAGCUAUAAAAGAAAUGAAUGUAAAGAAGGGAUCAUCAAUUGUAGCAAUUUUUAAGUAUGUUAAUACCAUAUACAAGUAUGACAUACAGAGACACCGUCAAAUUCUUAAAAGAACACUGGAAAAAUUAAUUGCAGAGAAGGUUGUGGAACAGGUCAAAGGGCAUGGCCUUGCUGGCUCCUUUAAGCUUGGUAAAAACUACAAGGAUCAGAAAUGUGUCAAGUCCAAGAAGCAAAAAAUUAGAACUUCACAUAGGAUUCAGAAGAAAAGUUUGUCAGAUCAUAAGAAUGAAAUCAAAGAACUGGGAGAUAAGGAAACAUGUUCUGUCAGUAUUCCUAAAUCAUCUCUCACAAUAGAUAUCCUAGCAAAUGAGCAUGAUUACAGUGCAACAAACAAGGAUAAUAGAAAAUCAAAAUUGGAUCCACAGUGUUGGAAAAUUGAAGAAGAUUCUCAGCAUAUAUCUGGUGAUUUGAAUGGCAAAGAACUUGUUUCCAAAGAUGAAACACACAGUAUUGACUUUCCUAAAAAUACAGAUGAGACAGAAGAGCAAGAGGAUAUUUUAGAAGCCCAAUCCCCAGCCUUACAAGAACAUGGGAGCAUUUUUGUACAACAUCCAGGUUCAAUUUUUCCAUUUAACACCUCUGAUUAUCGCUUUGAAUGCAUUUGUGGUGAACUUGGUUUAAUUGACUACAAAGCACGUGUGCAGUGCCUGAACUGCAAUCUGUGGCAGCAUGCUGAAUGUGUGAAUUACAAAGAAGAAAACCUUAAGAUCAAGCCCUUUUACUGUCCACAUUGUCUUGUAGCAAUGAAACCAGUUCCCACUGGAGCAACUCUGAUCAUCUCGCCAAGUUCUAUCUGCCACCAGUGGGUUGAUGAGAUUAACAGGCACGUGAGAUCAUCUUCCCUCCGAGUGUUGGUUUAUCAAGGAGUGAAGAAACAUGGUUUCUUGCAACCUCAUAUCUUAGCAGAGCAGGACGUAGUAAUCACCACAUACGAUGUCCUUCGUAAUGAGCUGAACUAUGUGGACAUUCCUCACAGUAAUAGUGAAGAUGGACGGCGUUUCAGAAACCAGAAGCGUUAUAUGGCCAUCCCAAGCCCUUUGGUAGCUGUGGAGUGGUGGAGAAUUUGCCUGGAUGAAGCACAAAUGGUAGAAUGCACCACUGCAAAGGCUGCAGAAAUGGCUCUCCGUUUGAGUGGAAUUAAUCGUUGGUGUGUAAGUGGAACACCAGUUCAGCGAGGACUGGAAGAUUUGUAUGGACUAGUACUUUUCCUUGGAGCUGAUCCUUACUGGGUCAAGUAUUGGUGGGAUCAGCUUCUUUAUCGACCAUACUGCAGGAAGAACACACAGCCUCUCUACAGCUUCAUAGCCAAGAUAAUGUGGAGGUCAGCAAAGAAGGACGUGAUAGACCAAAUUCAAAUCCCUGCUCAGACAGAAGAUAUUCAUUGGCUUCAUUUUUCUCCUGUGGAAAGACACUUUUAUCACCGUCAGCACGAGGUGUGCUGCCAGGAUGCUCUGGCAAAACUCAGGAAGAUUUCCGAUUGGUCCCUCAAGCUUAGCAGCUUGGAUAGGAGGACAGUUACUUCCAUUCUGUACCCUUUGUUGCGACUGAGGCAGGCCUGCUGUCAUCCGCAAGCUGUUCGAGGGGAGUUCCUGCCUUUACAGAAAAGCACAAUGACAAUGGAAGAACUUCUAACAUCACUGCAGAAAAAAUGUCGGACAGAAUGUGAGGAGGUCCAUAGACAACUGGUGUGUGCCCUGAAUGGCUUAGCUGGUAUUCAUAUAAUUAAAGGUGAAUAUAUAUUGGCAGCAGAUAUGUAUAGAGAGGUGUUGCGUUCCUCUGAAGAGCAUAAAGAGAAGCUCAAAACAGAUUCAUUACAGAGGCUUCACUCUACACACAAUCUGAUGGAACUUCUUGCAGCAAAGCAUCCUGGGAUAGCCCCCACUUUGCGUGAUAGCAGGCUUCAGGAAGAGUGUGAGCAACUCCGUCAACAUUAUAUGAGUAAAUCGAAUGCAGAAGUUGCUGAAGCUCAACAGGCCCUGCAACCAGUUGUACAGACAAUUCAUGAACUCCAAAGAAAAAUACGUUCCAGUUCACCUUGGUGGUUGGAUGUGAUCCAGUCAGCAAUACAAUAUGCUAUUGACGAGGAACUUCUUCAACGGGUGCAAAAUGAUCUAACCAGUAACUACAAGCAGCAAACAAAUAAACUCUCCAUGGCAGACAAAUUUCGUGACUGCAGGGGCCUGCAGUAUCUGUUAACAACUCAAAUGGAAGAGGUGAAGAAAUUCCAGAAACAUGUGAGAGAGGCUGUGAAAAAACUGGAAGGCCCUCCCUCUAAAGAAGUUAUUGAGGCUGCCACUAUCUGCCAUCUGCGACCUGUAAGAUUGCCACUUAACAACUGUGUCUUCUGUAAGGCUGAUGAACUGUUCACAGAAUAUGAGUCAAAACUGUUCUCUCAUACUGUAAAAGGACAAAUGGCAAUCUUUGAAGAAAUGAUAGAAGAUGAAGAGGGCCUCGUAGAUGACCGCCUACCUACCACAAGCAGAGGUCUCUGGGCAGCAAGUGAAACUGAGCGGUCCUUAAAAACCAUCCUGUCCUUUGCCAAAGCUCACCGAAUUGAUUCCAGGGUAGUUGAAGAGGGCAGCAUCUUUUUGGAACUCUUUGAAGCAUGGAAAAAAGAAUAUAAGUUGCUUCAUGAAUAUUGGAUGGUCCUGAGAGAUCAUGUGUCUGCCAUUGAUGAACUUGCCAUGGCUACAGAGCGGCUCAGAGUGCGUCACCCAGAAGAGCCAAAACCCAAUCAUCCAGUUCUUCACAUAAUUGAACCGCAUGAGGUAGAACAAAACAGAGUAAAACUUUUGAAUGAUAAAGCAGUCGCCAAAUCCCAGCUCCAGAAGAAACUGGGCCAGCUCCUAUACCUCACUAAUUUAGAGAAGUCUCAGGAUAAAACAACUGGAGGAGUUAAUCCAGAACCCUGUCCAAUUUGUGCACGUCAGCUGGGGCAACAGUGGGCAGUGUUGACAUGUGGACAUUGCUUUUGCAAUGAGUGCAUAGCUAUCAUUAUAGAACAGUACAGUGUUGGCACACGCAGAAGCUCAAUAAAGUGUGCCAUCUGCAGGCAGACAACGUCACAUAAAGAAAUCUCCUAUGUCUUCACCGCAGAAACUCCAAACCAAGAGGAUGAUAUACCUGUCAAGGGAAGUCACUCCACCAAAGUAGAAGCUGUGGUGAGGACUCUGAAGAGAAUCCAGUUCAAAGAUCCGGGAGCCAAAUCUCUAGUUUUCUCAACGUGGCAAGAUGUGCUUGACAUCAUUGCAAAAGCUCUGUAUGAUAACAACAUGGAGUUUUCUCAGAUCAAUGGAAUUAACAAAUUUCAGGAAAAUCUCUCUGCCUUUAAAUAUGAUCCCAAGAUUAAUAUAUUGCUGUUGCCCCUCCAUACCGGCUCCAAUGGAUUGAACAUAAUUGAAGCAACUCAGGUCCUUCUGGUGGAGCCCAUCCUGAAUCCAGCACAUGAACUGCAAGCCAUUGGCAGAGUGCAUCGUAUUGGGCAAACUAAGCCCACCAUUGUCCAUAGAUUCUUAAUAAAAGCAACAAUAGAAGAAAGAAUGCAAACCAUGAUGAAAACUGUAGAAAGGAGCCAUUCUAGUUCUUCCAUGAAACAGUCAGAGGCCUCUGUGUUAACAGUAGCUGAUCUGGCAGACCUUUUUUCAGAAGAAACAGAAGAACUUGAAUGAAGGAAUCCACUUUGGGCUCUCUUGAUGUCAGAAGGGGACCACAAUUUGCUUAUUCUCUAAAGCAGCAAAACAAGAUGAAUUACAAGUUCUUGUAGAUGUCACCAAAUACCCUUAUUUAGGGCUUUAACACUGAGAAAUAUUUUAACUCUUCCACUAGGUUCUUUGGCUGUGGUUUAUUUCAACACAUUAUUUCUGUUAAUAAAUAAAAUAAAUUGCACUUUACACAAAGAUUACAUAAACUAUCACUUUGUACUUCCAAAGAAUAAGAUAACAAUAUUAUCUAUGUAUGGCUAAUUGCACCAGAACAUUAUGGUGGAAUAUCGAAAAUAAUGGAAUGUGACCAUGCCAUAUCCAUAUUCAGCAGCUGAUUUAUGCCUGGAGUUCCUAAUCCAAUGGACAUUUGAGCACCUUCUGUGCAGGAUCAAGACAUUCCACUAGUCUUUGAGGAAGAGAAAGCUUUGCAUAAUGGCAGAGAAUAUGGUAUCAUGAACUAAUUACUUCUCCUCAUUUUAUACCUAGAAUUGAUUAUUUAAAAUAUUCCUGAAUAAACAAAUACAUUUCUUCAGAAAGGGCUUCUAGUGGUGCUGCCAUUUGAUCAUGCAAGUAAUCAGUUAACAGUUAAGUACUAAUUUUUAGAAACCACUCUGGCAUUUUAAAUAAUUUUCUAGGUAUUUAGUCUGCAAUUUUAGAAAUUGAUUUUUGCUUGUUUAUAUUUAAAUGUUUGCUGUUAAUGUCUGUUCUCUUGAUAAUUUAUGCCUUUUGUAUGAACUUUUGUCUUAAAAUGAUAGCUGAAAAUGUUUGAGGGAUUUUUAAAUAUUCUUAAAAUUGUACUGCUUUGUUGACAGUUGGAUUUGUUCCUUAUUAAACUGACAAAGCGUCUUCUUUUAAAUGA